CCACUGGUGUCCGGUGCUCCGUUGCUGGCGGAGAAGUUGCAGGGGCUUGACAUCAAGAGCCCUUUCCUGACCAGAGAUUCUCUUAGCGGACAGGCUGCGGGGAGUGCGCCCAGGGCCACUGUGAGCAUAAAUGGGCCAUCCACUGUCCGUUUUGCUCACAGCGAUGUCACUGUGCCCGACUUUUCAGACUACAGGCGGAGUGAUGUACAGAACAGCACAAAGUCUUCUCAGGACAGUGUGGACAAUCGAAGGGGGUUCUCCUAUCUGGUUACUGGAGUAACAGCUGUUGCAACAGCAUAUGCUGCCAAGAAUAUAGUCACAGAAUUUGUCAUGACCAUGAGUGCCUCUGCUGAUGUGCUGGCUAUGUCGAAGAUCGAAAUCAAGUUGUCUGAUAUUCCAGAGGGCAAGAACAUGGCUUUCAAGUGGCGAGGAAAACCCCUUUUUGUUCGCCAUAGAACCCAAAAAGAAAUUGACCAGGAAGCUGAAGUCAGUUUGACAGAGUUAAGGGACCCGCAGCAUGAUUUAGACCGAGUUCAAAAACCAGAAUGGGCU